CAGAUUACUCUGGCAGGUGCCGUGGAAAAUUGUCACGCCGAGCACGGAGGAUACAGAGGGAGUCUCGAUUGUCAUCGAGACCGGCCUGCUGCCCAAGAACAUCAUAGCCGCCAUAUUGAUGGUUGAUUUCUGGAAUCCUGUUUUCUCGUCUCGUCGAGCGCAGCUGAUGCGAUACGUGCCCUCAACAGCUACCUACAACACGAGCGCUCCUCCGCAAGACAAGUACACGUUAGGCGCAGAUCUCGUUGCCGCAGUCGAACGAGGUAUCGCGACGUACGGUUGCGACGACGCAAGCCCCGAGGCCGAGUUUGUCCGACUCGCUCGCAACCCGAACAUUUUCAAUGACGCGUACGCUAAGUUAGAAACCUACAUCAAGGGUAUUAACAACCAUCUGAAGAAUGAGAACGGCGUGCUCGACUACAUGAGGGUUGCGGAGACCAGGCGGCGAACCUUCCGCCCGCCUCCGCGGUCGCGCAAGCCAGCCCAUCCUCUAGCCGAGUUCGAGCUAACACUGCCAUAUGCGCAGAAGAUGGAUCCAAAUUUUGAGGAAACGUGGGUGAUGAAGUCAGAUGGCACGGUGGAGAUUGCAACCCCUGCUAAGAGCGUGUGGCAUCCGAGAGAUAACCAGGCUCAUCUCAUCGCCUCUGGCUGCCCACACUCACAGGGCGUCUGAAUAGAAGCAUUUGCCGCUGUGUGAUGCAUUGGAUGGCAUAGCAAUUCCCCAGCCUUUGUUUAGGAUUAGGUACUCAAAAGUCACUCUUUUAAACAGGCCCAAGAAGAUCCCUUCCCGAAUGUCCUGUCACCACGCCAUAUGUCUCCCGGGCUCCCAUGUGAGCCUAACUGAUUCUGUUGCAAUUACAUGAAGCUUAGUAAGACAGUUGCAAAGUGAUAGUAGGAAGUUGAAAUUGAAUCUGUUUUUAGGGCUGGCAAGUCCGUCGUGUGCGUGUUGGUGAUCUCU